UUGUUUUUAACCUUUUCUUUUUCGCCUGAUGAUUAUCCAUGGUUCUGGGGAGCGAGGCUGGCUGGUGUGGACACCGGUGGAGGCUUCGGUUCUUCUUUUCUCUUUCUUUUUCUCUUCUGCUGCUGGGACCUUUCCAUGGGGCUUAAGAUUACUCCGUUUGUGUCUUACCUCUGAUUGUUACCAUAUACUAACCAGGUCAGAUCCAGUCAAUCUCACUGUAAGAAGGGAUUUAAUUAUAGCCGAGCGUGCCCACCUUUUCCCCCCUCCCUCCUUAUCUUAGAAACAAAGAAUAGUAGUCAAAUGAGUGUGAUCGCACCAGGGUGAAUAAUGAGAUAUGAACAAAAGGGGGCGCGCGGAGGGAGGGGUGGGAGGGG